UCCGGUGUCUUUCUCACACGACGUCUUGAGCUUUACUUACUGUGUACAGCUCCCAUUCUGCCUCACCCGGAGCAGAGCCAAAAUCUACCAUGUUCCUCCUCCAAGCCCUCGGCUCGAACGGCUCCGGCCAGCUUGGUCUCGGCCACAAAGAAGACGUUUCCACCCCUCAACCAGUCCUCCUUCCUCCCUCUCUCACCACCACCCCCAACUUCGAUCUCAGACUUCGCUGCAUAGCCGCCGGAGGGAACCACACCCUCCUCCUCUUCUCAUCGGGCGCCCUCCUCUGGAGCGGGGACCACACCAGCGGUGCAUGCGGAAGCGUACCAGCAGCCGACAAGGAUGGUGCAUCCGAGCUGACCCCUCAGUUCCGCCCCGUGGAUCUCACCGCCCUGCCGGAUGGCAGCCAAACCAAGCAUGUAGCUGCGACCUGGGCAGCCAGCAUCAUCGCCACCUCUUUACAAGACGGCGGCUAUACUGACAAGGUUUACUCCUUCGGUACGGGCUACAAAGGCGAAUUGGGACUCGGGAACGGGACGCUCCGCGUGACCGACCCAACUCAGAUACCGGACAUUCCUCCCUUAGGAACGCGAGUAGUGGAUAUAGCGGCCUGUAUGGGACACGUUGUUGCUGUUCUCAGUAAUGGAGAAGCAUGGGGCUGGGGGGCCGGGCGGAAAGGGCAGCUCGGGGAGCCGGCGGCUGCGGCGUUGUACUCGCCGCGGCGCAUUGAGGGUGUUGGGUUCCAUGUCGUCAGAGCCAUCUGUGGGAGGGAGUUCACCUGUCUCUUUGGGCCGCCAGAAACGGGGGAGAUGAAAGUACUGGGCUCAGAUAAGUGGGGUGCACGGUCAGACGCCCCAGAGGCUGUAGCCGGGUGGAAGGAGGUUGGCGCCGGCUGGGGGAGCGUGUUCGUCCUGAAGGAGGACGGGACGUUGCUCAGCUGGGGCAGGGAUGAUCACGGACAGCUUGCGCGCGAUGACCUUGGGCGUGUCGAGCACAUCGCAGUCGGCAGCGAGCAUGCCGUGGCAUUGACCGAGACCGGCGAUCUCAUGGUUUGGGGCUGGGGCGAGCAUGGAAACUGUGGGCCAAUUCAGAACCAUAUUGGCCAGAAUGGCGAGCGAAGUAAAAUUGCUUCAACUGCACAGGGGAUAAAAAUCGCAAAGAUCGGUGCUGGUUGCGCAACGACUUGGUUCGCCAUCGGCAAGCAAACCUGAAUCACGCCGCGCUACUCCUCACAAUGAUUCAACAAAUCCUAAACCACCAACGCCCAAGCUAUGCAAAGCAAGCCACACGAUGGCGACUGCUCCUUGAUCAGGGAGAAAACAAGCCGAAACGGCGGACCUGUAACAGUCAGCUACACGACGUUCAGCACAGCCUGGGCCAUGGUGCGUGCAUACCUCGGAGAGUCGCUGGGUCGGCUCAAGGCCCGAGGCGAGGCGCUCGGGAGGUCCUUCCUGAGGCUCGGUCUGUCGAGAAAGAUAGCUUCCGAUGCGCAGGGACGACGGGUUCUAACAGUCCUAUUAGCGGCCAGCCCCGGAUAUACAAAACGAGGCAAUUACAGUACCGGUUCGUUGGUGGUGUUCCACUCCAGUCUUCCAUUCUCCUCUUCUUCCUCCUCGUCUGGGUUAACGGGCUCCCACUGCUCGUCGUCCUCGGCCUGGUCAACAAACAGCGAGUCGGAUCGAGCCGUCAUGGG